CGAGGGCGACUCGCGCCGCCGCCCCGCUCGCCCCCCGCCCGCCGCCCGCCCUCCGCCCGCCGCGGCCCCGCGGCGCGGGCCCGCCGCAGCGCAGCCGCUCUGAGUGACUCUUGAUGGAAGAACACGGAGUGACCCAGGCAGAGCACAUGGCUACCAUCGAGGCCCACGCCGUGGCCCAGCAGGUGCAGCAGGUGCACGUGGCCACCUACACGGAGCACAGCAUGCUGAGCGCCGACGAGGACUCGCCCUCCUCGCCCGAGGACACCUCCUACGACGACUCCGACAUCCUCAACUCCACGGCUGCAGACGAGGUCACCGCUCACCUGGCAGCUGCAGGUCCUGUGGGGAUGGCAGCAGCUGCUGCUGUGGCAACGGGGAAAAAACGGAAGCGACCUCACGUUUUUGAGUCCAACCCCUCUAUUCGGAAGAGGCAACAGACACGUUUGCUCAGGAAGCUCCGGGCCACGCUGGAUGAGUACACCACCAGAGUGGGGCAGCAGGCCAUCGUCCUGUGCAUCUCACCCUCCAAACCCAACCCUGUCUUCAAAGUAUUCGGUGCUGCACCCCUGGAGAACGUGGUACGCAAGUACAAGAGCACCAUCCUGGAAGACCUGGAAUCGGCGCUGGCCGAGCACGCUCCGGCCCCUCAGGAGGUCAACUCGGAGCUGCCUCCCCUCACCAUCGAUGGCAUCCCUGUCUCCGUGGACAAGAUGACCCAGGCACAGCUGAGAGCCUUCAUCCCCGAGAUGCUGAAGUAUUCCACAGGUCGUGGGAAGCCAGGCUGGGGCAAGGAGAGCUGCAAGCCCAUCUGGUGGCCCGAGGACAUUCCUUGGGCCAACGUCCGCAGCGACGUCCGCACGGAGGAGCAGAAGCAGCGGGUCUCCUGGACCCAGGCCCUGCGGACCAUCGUGAAGAACUGCUACAAGCAGCAUGGGCGCGAGGAUCUGCUCUACGCCUUCGAGGACCAGCAGACCCCGCAGACCACGACCACGCACAGCAUCGCCCACCUGGUGCCCUCCCAGACCGUGGUACAAACCUUCAGCAACCCCGACGGCACCGUGUCCCUCAUCCAGGUUGGCACCGGUGCCACAGUGGCCACGCUGGCCGACGCCUCCGAGCUGCCCACCACGGUCACCGUGGCACAAGUCAAUUAUUCUGCGGUGGCUGACGGAGAGGUGGAGCAGAACUGGGCGACGCUACAGGGUGGGGAGAUGACGAUCCAGACGACGCAGGCCUCCGAGGCCACGCAGGCGGUGGCCUCCUUAGCGGAGGCGGCGGUGGCGGCGUCGCAGGAGAUGCAGCAGGGAGCCACUGUCACCAUGGCACUCAACAGUGAAGCCGCUGCCCACGCCGUAGCCACGCUGGCCGAGGCCACCCUCCAAGGAGGGGGACAGAUUGUCCUGUCUGGGGAAACUGCAGCAGCAGUUGGGGCGCUCACUGGAGUCCAGGAUGCCAAUGGCAUCCUAGCAGCAGACUAUUCAUGUUGCAAGUGGACCGUGGCAGAGGGUUCGUCAGGCCUCGUGCAGAUCCCGGUGAGCAUGUACCAGACCGUGGUGACCAGCCUGGCCCAAGGCAACGGCCCCGUGCAGGUGGCGAUGGCGCCGGUGACCACGAGGAUAGCGGACACUGCCGUCACCAUGGACGGGCAGGCGGUGGAGGUGGUGACCUUGGAUCAGUGACGGAGCAGCGGCGUCGCGGCGAUUCUCCUCGUCUCUUACGCGACUUCGUGGGUUUUUUUUACACCUCUCCGGAGAUGCGAUCAGGUGGCAUUUGAGUCUCCCGGCUUUGGAAACGAAAGGUUUUGUUGACCUUUUUUUUUGUUUUAUUUUGUUUUCUUUUUUUUUUUUUUUUUUUUUUCUU